AUGGCUGACGACAACGAAGAUGCUGAAAUGAAACAAGCCCGAAGUCGCGAACGGCAGUUAGCUUUGGAGAACCCAAACACUGACAUUGGCUUUUGUGGCAGGAUUCUGGUUGGGCUCUCCCUCAUUUUCCUGCUGGUUACUCUGCCCAUCUCCAUAUGGAUGUGUAUUGUGAUUGUGAAGGAGUACCAGCGAGCUAUUAUUUUUCGCCUGGGGCGCCUUUUGUCAGGAGGAGCCAAAGGACCAGGCUUGUUCUUCGUCUUGCCGUGCACUGACAGUUUUAUUAAUGUGGACAUGCGCACCGUCACCUUUAACAUCCCACCACAAGAGGUUUUGACCACAGACUCUGUGGCAGUGUGUGUUGAUGGCGUGGUCUACUACCGGAUCCAGAAUCCUACUCUGGCCGUGGCUAACGUCAGUAACGCAGAUGCUGCUACGCAGCUAUUGGCCCAAACCACCCUGAGGAAUGUCCUGAGUAACAAGAACCUGGCAGAGAUUCUGUCUGACCGUGAAGACAUUGCACAUUUUAUGCAGGUCACUCUGGACAAUGCCACAGAUGACUGGGGAAUUGAAGUGGAGCGGGUGGAGAUCAAAGAUGUGAAACUGCCCCCUCAGCUACUGAGAGCCAUGGCAUCUGAGGCUGAGGCCACCCGCGAGGCUCGAGCCAAGGUGAUCGCAGCAGAGGGGGAGAUGAGCGCAUCGCGGGCGUUGAAGGAGGCGUCCCUGGUGAUUGCAGAGUCUCCGUCAGCCCUGCAGCUGCGCUACCUUCAGACCCUGAACACCAUCGCUGAAGAGAAGAACUCCACCAUCAUUUUGGCACUUCCACUGGAGAUUUUGCCGAAAUUCGUCAAUACACGAGAAAGUGUCUAA